UCCAGACACUGCCUGGCACCCUGUCCUGCGGCUCUGGCUCUGCCUGGGCCCCACUGGUCUUGUCCACGCCCUUGAGCUCAGCCAACUUUCCUGAGUUCCGAGUUCCGCUGGGGUGCGGUGUGCAGAGCUCUGCAGCAGGCAGCUCGUUGUUCCCACCCCACUCCCACGGGGUUGAGGCUGCAGCCCCAGACAAGGCCGCUCUGGUUCCAAUUGUGUCAGUGACUGCCUGUGACGGUGACAGCAGAGCUGGGACAAAGGGGCCUGUUUAAGGCCCUGCCCCCUCCCUCCAGCUGGCUGCCCAGGGGUGAUGGAAUGUGGGGGCGUCAGUCUCCUGAGAACAGGAGGACCUUGGAGCCCCUGGGGUGACCUGGAGUGACCCCAUGGGUUUGUGUGUGACCUAGCUGGGAGGCCCUCCUGUUUGCUGCUUCCUCCUGGGCUGGGGAGCGAGGGCCCAGCCCCGGCUUCCUGCUGGAGGAAGUGUUUUAGGUCACAGGGCGGGCACAGGGAAGGCCUCUGAGCUGAGCUGACCUUUCUCUUCAAGGGGGAGGUGUCUCUGGGCCAGAACCCUGAGAAUGCAGGGCUGGGAGGGGCUGUGUCCACAGGCACCCUGCCCCUUCUCCAUGUCCCAAGGACUGGCGACAUCCAGGAAGCAGAUGGGGAACUGCAACCCGCUUCCUUCCUCCCUCCUUCCCCCUCCAGCCUGGGCAGUGGAAGGGGCUGUCCCCUCAGUCUGUUCUGGCCUCAGGCUUAUUUGGGGCCACUCACCUGACCACGUAUCCAGCUGUGGUUGGGGCAGGAUCGGGGUUCAGCAGCUGGGCUAUGUGUAGCGGGAGGCUCCGGAGUCGGUGCCCAGGCUCUGAGGUGCCCUAGGUCUGCAGGCUGUCUGGGUGUGGGCUGCAGACAUGGCCCAACCGCUGGCCUUUGUCCUCGAUGUCCCGGAGACCCCAGGGGACCAGGGCCAGGAGCCCAGCCCCUACGAUGAGAGCGAAGUGCACGAUUCCUUCCACCAGCUCAUCCAAGAGCAGAGCCGGUGGGUGGCUGAGGAGGGGCUGGAGCUGCAGCAGAGGGAGCCGGGGGCUCCAGGCAGUGGCCACGAGACCCUCCUGGGGCCCGAAGGUGCCCCCGUCCACAGCACGGCCACACUGCGCAUUUUGGCCAGCAUGCCCAGUCGCACGAUUGGCCGCAGCCGUGGCGCCAUCAUCUCCCAGUACUACAACCGCACCGUGAGGCUGCGGCGCAGGAGCAGCCGGCCCCUGCUUGGGGACGUGGUGACACGCUCAGCCCGGCCCAGCAUCCGCCUCUACGACCUAGAGCUGGACCCUGCGGCCCAGGAGGUGGAGGAGAAGCAAAACCUCCUGGUGAAGGAGCUUCAGGGCCUGUCGGCCGCCCAGCGCGACCACAUGCUCCGGGGGAUGCCCUUGAGCCUGGCGGAGAAACGCGGCCUUCGAGAGAAGAGCCAGACCCCCCGUGGGAGGCGGAGGGGCCAGCCUGGCCGUGGUGGGCUCUUCUCCUGCUGCAGCCGGCUCAGAUACGCCUGCAUCCUGGCCUCGCACCGCCUGGGGCUGGUGCUGCUCUCAGGCUUGCACGCGCUGACGCCGUGGCGCUAUGCCCUGAAGCGCAUCGGGGGCCAGUUCGGAUCCAGUGUGCUCUCCUACUUCCUCUUCCUCAAGACCCUGGUGGCCUUCAACGCCCUCCUGCUGCUGCCGCUGCUGGCCUUUGUGGUGGGCGUGCAGGCUGCCUUCCCGCCGGACCCCGGCCCCGGCCCCCGCCCUGCCUGCACGGGCCUGGAGCUCCUCACGGGCGCGGGCUGCUUCACCCACACCGUCAUGUACUACGGCUACUACAGCAAUGCCACGCUGAACCAGCCAUGUGGCCACCCCCUGGAGGGUGGCCAGUGCAGACCCAGGGCAGGUGGCCUGCCCUACAAUAUGCCCCUGGCCUACCUCUUCACUGUGGGGGUGGCCUUCUUCGUCACCUGCAUCACCCUGGUGUACAGCAUGGCCCACGCUUUCGGGGAGAGCUACCGCGUGGGCAGCACCUCUGGCGUCCACGCCAUCACCGUCUUCUGCUCCUGGGACUACAAGGUGACUCAGAGGCGGGCCUCGCGCCUCCAGCAUGACAACAUCCGCACCCGGCUAAAGGAGCUUCUGGCCGAGUGGCAGCUGCGGCAGAGUACCCGGAGCGUGUUUGGGAGGCUGCAGCAGGUGGCCGUGCUGGGGCUCGUGUGGCUGCUGUGUCUGGGGACCGUGCUGGGCUGCGCCGCGGCCGUCCACGCCUUCUCAGAGCUCAUGCUGCAGGACCCGGUGGCUGCUGGCCAGGAGGUGGCACUGCUGGCGCUGCCCCUGGUGGUCUGCCUCCUCAACCUGGGGGUCCCCUACCUGUACCGCUGCCUGGCUGCCCUGGAGCCGCACGACUCCCCGGUGCUGGAGGUGUACGUGGCCGUCUGCAGGAACCUCGUCCUCAAGAUGGUCACCCUGGGGGUGCUUUGCUACCACUGGCUGGGCCGCAGGGUGGGUGCCCUGCAGGACCAGUGCUGGGAGGACUUCGUGGGCCAGGAGCUGUACCGCUUCGUGGUGCUGGACUUCCUCUUCAUUCUGCUGGACACGCUCUUCGGGGAGCUGGUGUGGCGGGUUAUCUCUGAGAAGAAGACAAAGACGAGGCGGAAGCCUGAGUUUGACAUUGCCCGGAAUGUUCUGGAGCUGAUUUAUGGGCAGACUCUGACCUGGCUGGGGGUCCUCUUCUCGCCCCUCCUGCCCGCCGUGCAGAUUGUGAAGCUGCUGCUCCUCUUCCAAGUCAAGAAGGGUGAAGCCCUCGAGCAUGUGCGGCCCCUUCCGGAGCCUGGACACCAUGUACGGGGCGGGCACGGCCUGGGUGCACCACCUGGAGGCCGCGGGGCCCCGGCUCUCCUGGCUGCCCUGGGUGCACCGGCACCUGGUGGAAAACACCUUCUUCAUCUUCCUGCUGUCGGCCCUGCUGCUGGCUGUGAUCUACUUCAACAUCCAGGUGGUGAGGGGCCAGCGCAAGGUCAUCUGCCUGCUCAAGGAACAGAUCAGCCACGAGGGGGAGGACAAAAUCUUCUUAAUCAACAAGCUUCAUUCCGUCUACGAGAGGAAGGAGAGGAAGGAGAGGGACGAGAGGAGCAGGUGUGCGGGGCGCUUGGGGAAGGAGGAGAGUUAAGUCUGGUGAGGGAGGAAACGGAAAUGCAAGACCUGCCCUCAGCACCCUGUGCCACUCGCUGUAAGUCGCUUGGUGCCAUCCUGGCGGGGCCUCCUCCCCUUGGGGUCAGGGCCUGUCAGCGCCUGUCACUGGGGCCGAUGUCCGGUGCCUGUGGUUAGACCUAGGGAAAGGGAGGUGGCCGGGACGCAGAGACUUGUGAAAUUCAAAAGCAUUCUCGUCGCUGGAGGGGCCAUUGAGGCAGGCCGUCUCUGCAGGGACCCUGACGACAGGAGGGUGGGUGGUGUGACAGCCGCUGGCCGCAGUGGACAGACGCAUGAACAGGUGCACACACAGGCAUGUGCACCCAGAGGCCUGUUUCUUUCUCCUUCUUGGCCCCCGGCCUGGGGGGCAGGCUGAGGCCGCCCCCCCGGGGAGCUGCUGGGCUAGCCCUGCCCCCUGCGGCCGGCAGACCCUCCUCCCCCGGGGCGGCAGCACCCGCAGAGCAGCCGGCCACUCAUGGAACACACACGCUGGGCCCCGAGCUAGCCUGGGGACCCCAAGGUCGGGCACGAGGCCUCACCCUCUGGGCCUCAGGAGACUGCAGGGCCCCCCGCCUCAGCUGCCCCCUGUGGGGGAGGGACCGGUGCCCCGGGCCCCCAUUGCGGGGCUUGUGAGGCUCCUUGGGCCCGGGCCUGCGAUGGCGUGUCGGCUGCCACUGGGCUGUGCUGUGUGAACUUGCUGGAACCCGACCACAUCUGACCCCCAAAGAGGCAAUUUCAUGAGGUCCGGCACCCCCCACGUCAAGUACCUCAGAGGUGGGUCCUUGCGGUGUCUCCCCGGCCUUCGCCUGCCCUGGAGCUCUCUAGGCUCUUCUUUGGAAGCUAUUGGGCAUCGGCCUGUCCCUCGCCGGCCCGGCCACACUGAGGUCCGGCUCUGCCCAGCCUGGUCUGCCGGGCGCUUGCUGACGCCCCUUGCAGCAGGGCUGGUGGGACCCAGGAGGCUGCGACUCCCUUGCCCUGCUCGCAGAAGGGGACACCUGGUGGGACAGCAACAGGCUCAGCAGGCUUACCCGGCGCCCUGGUCACUCUCUGUCCCACGGCACAGACUGACAUGAGACCAGGCUGGCUCCUCAGUGACCUUGCUAGGACACCAGGAUGGCGAAGUGACUCUGCUUCCCCUUUGGACAGUGGGGGCAAGUGGGGCUUGGGCACCCCCUGGACCUUGCCCUGCCUUGACUCUAUUUAUUCUGAUUAAAUGGUUUUGCAAA